AUGAAGCUCACUCUACCUCAACCUCAAUUGCACCCUAAAUGCCUUCCAUUUCCCUCUCUCAAAUCUAAGGUUUCCGUUUUUCAGACAACAUCGUGCCCACCUUUCCAAGCUUCAAUUUUUUCAGCCAAUCAACGCAAUCUCACGCCAUUGAAUAUUUCCAGAAACAUCUCCACCUUUGCUUUGCUCGGUGGCAACAACACUUCAACUUCCCAAAUUGACCCAGGUGCUAGAAUUGGAGAGGUGAAAAGGGUCUCCAAGGAAACCAAUGUAUCAGUCAAAAUCAACUUGGAUGUAUCUGUGAUUGCUGAUAGUUGUUCUGGAAUUCCCUUCCUUGAUCAUAUGCUUGAUCAACUUGCAUCACAUGGACUGUUAGAUGUACAUGUAAAGGCUAUAGGUGACAUACAUAUUGAUGACUAUCACACAAAUGAAGAUAUCGCUCUUGCUAUUGGAACGGCUUUGUUGCAGGCUCUUGGUGAUAGGAAGGGUAUUAACUGGUUUGGUAACUUCUCGGCUCCACACGACGAAGCAUUAGUUAACGUUUCUUUGGUAAUUAGUGUGUACUGUUUGCAACAUUUAUAA